CAACCAGGAGUCUCGCUUUCAGCAUCAGCAACACACAGCAGCAAGCAACAUCCAGGGAAACCCAGGAGAUAAAGUGAAGAGCAACCUCGUCUGUCGGCUUCCUCCCACUGCCAUCAAGAAACCAAACUGUGACACAAUGAAAGUGGCCGUGGUUUUCGUUCUGCUCUUCGCCACAGUCCUCUGCCGGCCGGCGACAAAGGUUUCUGUCAGCAGUUCAGAGAGCUCUGAAGAAGUGGAUCAACCACCAGCAGAUCAACCCCUCAGUCAAAAGGCGGCAGAGGUUCCUCAGUAUCGUCAAGAACCUGCACAGGCGGCAACUGAAGCUGCAGAAGAAGUCACGGACCCGACUUCAUCCCCAGAUUCAGACUCUGACAACCAGGACAGUGAAGAUAGCGAUGAUGAUGAUGAUGAUGAUACAGAGGAGAGCGAAACCGAGGAGGACGACACCAGUGAAAGCUCAGAGUCGGGCGAGUCCUCCACACCGGCUCCCGCCACGGUGGAACCCGUGACCGUCGCAGGCGACCAAUUCACUGACGAGCCCAUCCUGCCUACCAUCGUCACCGACACCGCCCGCGGGGACAGCUUGGGCGCCUACCCCAGCGACCACAAGUCCAUCGUUUACGUGGAGGACAAAUCCUACCACAAGGUCCCCUCUCCCUACAAGUCCUACGAGUACAUGGGCGCAGGAAAGAAGAUGGCCUACGACAUGACGGAGGGCAAUGAGCUGGACAAGUCGGUGAAGGUGUACAAGGCUCUUCAGGUCCACAACGACCUCCUGGAGGAGGACACCAGCACCCCUGAGGUGGAGAGCCAGGGCCUCGACGCCUCUCAGGACCAGGACAUCAGCCCCCGUCAGGCGUCCCUCCCGGAGGAGGAGACGACCACCGGAGACGCCGCCACGAGCGAGAGUUCCAGCGCUACGGAGGAGGAGGAGAAUGAAAGCGCCGCCAGCGCAAGCACCAGCCAAGAGUCAGAGGCCGAGAGCAGCCAGAGCAACGAGGAGACCGCUGACAGCGAAUCAGAUGAGAGCGCUGGGAGUGAUUCAGAUGAGGAGGGGGCGGGACUUGACACCGCCACUGACCCGCCAGCGGUCCUCACAGCCAAAUAGAUCAUAUUUGCCUGAAGUUGGAGUGGGCUGUGGUCUGAUCACGAGCACAAGCUGCAUCCAGGUGUAAAUCUCUCCAUUCGAGCCACUUCCAACAGGGUGGGCAGGGGUGAGGGGGGGGGCAGACAGGGACCGCCAAACGUAAUGAUUAUUGAUAUAUGUGUUCACACAACAUUUCUUUCAUUAUUUGUGCAUCUUUCUGGGAAAGGAAAACCUUUUUCCUUCUGGGCUGUAUUUAAAUAAACCAAUAACUCCAUCCUGUGGUCUGGUUGCUCUGGUGAAUCCCAUGUUUGACCCUGCAAGGGAAAGUGGUUGGAUGUUGAAACUGACGACUGCAACCUGGAGGGUUGACCGACCUCGUGACCUUUGUCCCUUCCCCUCUCCCCUCUGGUACUGUAGGGUUAAACGUCAAUACUGGAAAACAACAAAGAAGAACAAAAAGUCUAGUCCUGAUAUCUACACUAGCACGCCACUGCAUUUAUCCAUUACCUAAUAACUGCAACAUGCAAACCUACAUUGUUUCUGUCCUAACAGGACCAGAGCCGAAUGUUCCACCUAUUUAAAUACUUGUAAACAUUUCAAGCAUACACAUAUAUCAUUUAACCGUGUCAUACAGUUGCUGCCUGUGUGGCUUAGCUUUGCUGCUUGCUAUAGUAUUCUGUUGGUAUUGAUAAACGGAGAGAAACACUCCAUCACUGGGUGCAGUCGGGUAUAAACACAAACACACAUCCGGUUCAUUUGCACAGCUACCUUCCUACACUACAUGUUGUUUGUUAUAAUGUGUCAUAUUGUACCGUUUCUAAAAUAUGAAUAAAGUUCUUUUUCAUAAAAAGAGA